AUGGAUGCAAUCGAGGCUAUUACGAAGGAUCUCUUUGGAGUUGCUCUUCCAAACCUGGAAUGCGGUACAGGUGCGGCCAUAAAUGUGAACCAUUGUUCAAUGGAUCUUCAUCAUUCGAGACAGUUCGGGACUUUAUUGAAAAUUGUUUCCAGUCGAGAUCAUACUAUUAAAAAUUUAGAAGUUCUCCAAGCAGUGAUUCAGGUGGGAACGAGGCUCUCUAAGGCGAAAUUAAUCAGUAAUAACUUUUGGUGGACUUUAAUGGUCAACAAAUGUCGAGAUGUCCAGUGGUGUGUUGAACUUUCUCCUAAGUGGCGGACUAGAAAAAACAAUCGUGAUAGUUGGAAAUAUUUGUACUUAUUAACAGAAAUUUGUUACGGCGUGCCUAAAUCCAAACAGUUGAUUACGGAUUUGAUAGGAUCAAGAUAUGCCGGCAAGAUUGGGGAAUUUUUGGACUUAAUGAGGGACUUUCAACAGGUAAAUAUACUUAUUGAGCUGCUAUCGAAUUGCUUCCCUAGAAAAUCAACGCAAGAGGUGGGAGUUAUCCACCCACCAACACUAUGGGGGAUGGAAAAUGCUCGGAAUGUUCAGUUUUUUAAUAGCCAGUUGUAUCCAUUCCGUGGGAAACAUGGAGAUGAUCAAGUGAUGAAAUUCAUAUGGGAUAUAUGUCAUGGCGAGAUGGAUAAUUUGAUCAGGUUGCAUAACGUCACACUCGGCUCUUCCAGUAACGGAAGUGGUGGUAAACGUCUGAAAGUAAACAGCCACCAUGAAGCCAAUCAAUACUGUUAUAUUCAGGCAAUGUAUGAUAGCAUCUUCUUGUGGGAUGGAGAAGGUGUGUUCCUUGAGAUGGAUCGUAGACAUGUUGACAUCACAAAGAACCUUAAGGGGAAGGUUAAGAUCAAUGUGAUUGGAAAACCUGGGAAAUGUUUCAAUUCAACGUGCAAGUCGUUUCUUGAGAAGUUUUCUAAUGUGAAAUGGUUAAAACUAGAUGCCAUUGAUCAAGCAUCCUGCGACAGAUUCUUUUAUGAAACAACGAAUAUUCGUAAGAUAAGUGAGGUACAAACAUUUUUGGCAUUGAAUCAUACUGAUGAAGAUCCCCUGGAGUCAAAUGAAGAUAUCACUGCGAGAGGUCUGCAGUAUCAAUCGGAAGCGACGGCACUGGAAUUAAAUGAACAACAAUGUGAGUCUACCAACCUCAUAGAUAAGAGGGAUCAAUUAGUUACUCCAGAGCAUUCCGACGUUAGAAUUUGUACUGAUGAGUGGGAUUUCAACACGUCAUCAGGAGAAAAAGGUACUGUGAUGUCAAAUACGCAAGGCGGUAAACAAGUGACACCUGAGCAAAGUGAUGAAUUGCUCUCCAAGAGCUCACGGUACGAUGAGCAAUCACCUUUAGUGCUUGCUCAGAAGAGGAAAAAGAUAAGGGAGACCACCAAGACUUUGGAGAUGUUGAAGAAAGGUUUUGCCUUGACGAGUAACCCACCAUCGUCGAAAGGUGUUGACAGUAAGACUGUGGAAAGAUCACCAUCGCUUAUGAUAACCAAAUUCGAGACAAACGUGAAAAUAUCAGAAAAGCCAACGGUAGUGGAAAAGAACAAGACCCCUAAGAUCAAAGCUGUUAAUUCUAUCGGUGCGAAGGAUAUUAGUAUUUUGAACACGAUUUUCGGUAAGACUGAUUCGUCAACUCUCAAGCGGUCCAAGAGGCAACAGAGAUUGAAAAAUUACAAGCCUGUGAUCGAGGUACCAUCGCAAGAUGUUCCUGUUACUAAAGUUAGGAACCUCAGCAAGAAGGUGGCAGUUAUUGAAAAAAAUGCCAAGGAGGAUACCAAAGAGGAUACCAAGGAGGAUACCAUAGAGGAUAUCAAGGAAGAUUCAAAUAGUGAAAAGGGGAAAAGAAUGAGGAAACAAGAAAGAGUUGAAAAAGAGGUGAAAAUGAAGACGAGAAAACGUGUGGCAGAUGAGAAGGCCGACCAACUGAUGCAAGAGAAAAAACAAAAAAUUAAGGAGAACCUAGCCGCCGAGAGUCCGCAACCCUCAGGAAAACAUUCUCAGUCCAAAAUAGAAAGUAUCGAGAACCCAACGUUGGCUAACACAAGUCUGCUGGACUCUACAACAAUGUUAGGUAAUACUUCCGUUGCCGCACCAACUUCUCUUCCGAUUCCCACUGGCAAUGCUUUCACAGAUAAACUGAACGAGCAAAUAUACAACUCGAUCACACAUUUUUACAACGAGAUGAUAAGCAAGAUGGCAAUUAUAAAUAAAGAAUUGAAUCACAAGAUAAUGAAGGAAUUAUCAGAGAAAUACCAAAAUUUGUUCCAAGAAAUACAGAAAAGUUUUCAACAUGACACUGAGGAAAUGCUCAAAUUCAUGACGGAGAUCAAAGAUUUGAUGAACCUCCCAGAAAACGAGCUUGUACGAGUCAUCCGAAACCGCAAAUUCGGACAACAAGCUCUGCCUUCAGCGGCUCAAUGA